AUGUCAGAGUGUGACCAUGAGGAAGCAGACACCCGAGUUUGCGUCCAUCUGAAAGAUGCUCUGGAAAAGGGUUCACAGAAAGUCGUAAUUCGAACAGUAGAUACAGACAUUAUAGUGAUCCUUGUUGGUCUGCUUGGACAGCUUACCAAAGACUACCCAGAUACAGGCAUCUGGGUUGCUUUUGGUAUGGGGAAGAAUUUCCAGGAAAUAUGCAUCAAUACCAUUUCCCAAAAGAUUGGAAAGAGCAUAAGUUUGGCUCUGCCUGCAUUCCACGCAUUCACAGGCUGUGAUACAACUUCACAGUUCCGGGGAAAAGGCAAAAAGUCAGCCUGGGCUGCAUGGAAAUCCUUUCCCGAAGUGACAAACGCCUUCAUUGCCAUGGCAGCUGAACCUCACCAACUUAGCCAGGAAUCAAAGACAUUUGCAUUACUGGAAAGAUACACCUGUGUUCUGUACGACAAGACAACUAACAUUGAAAAUGUCAAUGACCUAAGGAAGGACCUGUUUGCUAAGAAAUCUCUGUCAAUGGAAAACAUUCCUCCGACAUAG